CACACACACACACACAAAGCGUGUGUUGUACCGGCGUCGCGCAGUUCGGUUCCGCAGCGGUGUGUCGCACGAUCAUGCCGGAGUCCUUUCGCCUCCUGGUGAAGAGGGCGACGCAGGUGGUGGCGGUUUGCGGCGGCGGAGAGCGAUUCCUGAGCGGGGUCGCGGCGCAACAGCUGGUCGUCAUCGAGAACGGCGGCGUGGUCGUGGGCAGAGAUGGGCUUGUGAAAGCAGUGGGGCCCACAGACGUGGUGGAGUCCCAGUUCCGAGGGGCCACCUUUGACAAGAUCAUCGACGCGUCCGGCAUGGUUGUCAUACCUGGACUGGUAGACUCCCACACUCAUCCAGUAUGGGCAGGGGAUCGAGUCCAUGAGUUUGCGAUGAAGCUAGCAGGUGCCACCUACAUGGAGGUCCACCAAGCUGGUGGUGGCAUCCACUUCACGGUGGAGCACACUCGACGGGCAUCCCCGGAGCAGCUUCUCGGCAGCCUGACUCAGAGGCUGACCCGUAUGCUGCGGGCUGGGACCACCCUGGCCGAGUGCAAAAGCGGCUACGGCCUCGAGCUGGACACCGAGCUGAAGAUGUUGAUGGUCAUUGAGAAGGCGCGCGCCAUGCUGCCCAUCGGCAUCUCCUCCACCUACUGCGGCGCACACGCUGUACCUAAGGGGAGCACAGAGGCCGAGGCUGCGCAAGAUAUCGUGCGUGUCCAGCUGCCCCGGGUGCGAGAGAAGAUGACGCUGGGGGAGCUCCGGGUGGAUAAUAUUGACGUGUUCUGCGAGAAAGGCGUGUUUGACCUCGACUCCACCCGGGCCAUCCUGCAGGCAGGGAAGGCCAUGGGCUUGCAGAUCAACUUCCAUGGCGAUGAGCUACAUCCCAUGAAUUCCGCCACGCUGGGGGCCGAGCUGGGUGCACUGGCCAUCAGUCAUCUGGAGGAGGUGACCGAUGAGGGAAUAGCAGCCAUGGCCAAGUCCAAAACCGCAGCGGUUCUCCUACCCACAACAGCCUAUAUCCUCAGGUUGCCUCAGCCGAGAGCGAGAGACAUGCUGGACGCUGGUGUCAUUGUGGCCUUGGGCAGUGACUUCAACCCCAACGCCUACUGCUGCUCCAUGCCCAUGGUCAUGCACCUGGCCUGCGUCAACAUGAGGAUGUCCAUGAACGAGGCUCUCGCUGCUGCCACCAUCAACGCAGCCUACGCCCUUGGCCGUUCCCACAGCCACGGCUCGCUGGAGGUCAACAAGCAAGGGGACCUUGUGAUCCUGAACGCCUCACGGUGGGAGCAUUUGAUCUAUCAGUUCGGAGGACACCAAGAACUCAUCAAAUAUGUUGUUAUAAAAGGAGAAGUUGUGCAUGAAAGUGACAAAACUAUGGAUUUCUAAGCACUUUUCUGCCAAAAGGGAUACCACCCAUGAAGAAACUAUAUUAUAACCCUAAAAUAUUAAUAUUAAAAUAAUAUAUGCUGUGCUAUUAACAUGUCACACGACUAACUAAAGGUGAAAAUGUAACCUGGGACACAGGUUGCAUCGGUUGCCAUAGCAACCACGAGGGAUGGUCAGAAUACUGGGGGUUGUGUACUCUUCCAACCACAACCUCACGUAAGAUAUAGACACAAAAACUCAUUAUGAACCAGCAAGUUCAAGAAAAGAAUUGUGUAUUAAGUGAUUUGAGAGCAACCAAAGUAAUAAUUAUUAAAAACUAAGAACGCUGCCGGUCCUCCAGAAAGAGUGGAAUGAUGAACUCUUUUUU